UGCUGAUGCGCUCUCCAGGCAGAGAAUGAGUCAGACGUGGUCUGAGGCACAAACGUCUGCGCGACUCGAUGGCAAAGCACACGCACUUCCUCCUGCUUCCUGCGCUGCUGUGUCUGCCUCUGCCCCCCCUCCUGCGCGCCGUCCCAUGGGAGAGCUCAACAACGCCCCCAUCCCCAGCGGCUGGCAUCAGGGGGGAUGCAGAGGUCAGUGAGGACCACAGUGUCCCCCAUGAGAGCAACUCCCCACACCCUCUCAACAGAAUUCUGCAGUCAGGUGGGAGGAGCCACUGGAGGACUCCACCCACAUGGAGCCGGAGGCUGCUGCAGACAGGCUCGGCCCCCUACCCCCCUCUGAGCGUGUCCCCUGGCGGAAGGACGUGCAUCCUGUUCCGCGCCCGCAAGCUAGCCGUCAGCUACCGCAACCACACCGCCGUGGACCUGACCGAGCGAGCCUUCGGACCCGCCGCCUCCGUGGACACCACAGACUCCACCUGCAGCAGAGACAGAGCAGUGCUGUCUCUGAACUUUGGAGACGUGGAGAAUCUGAAGGGACUCGUCAUUAGGCUGGAGAUGUCCAACAUCUUCUAUGAGUCCACAGAGCAGACGUGGUUCACCUUGGACAGCGUGCAGAUCCUCUACCACCGGCAGCUCCAGGCCACGUUCCAUGCCCCGGAGAUUUACGCCCCCGCCACACACUCCUACCACUGCCAGCGCGUCAGCAGCGUGCAGAAAUAUGACUCACUGCUUCUGCCGAGCGAGGGGGGGCACGGCAAGGGGGGGCCCGGCGAGGAGGGGCACCGCAGAACCUCACCUAACUGGCACAUCACCUUCACAGACUUCCAGAUCCAGGCCUUUAAGGUGCAGGGGGAGCGUUUCAGCUCGGCGAGGGACUGUGCGUCACUGCUGACGCCGGCGGUGCUGAUGGGGCUGGUGACCUCUCUCAUCCUGCUGCUGGUCCUGGCCUACGCCCUGCACAUGGUGGUGCAUCUCAAGCACAUCGACCGCUACGAAGAGCACAAGACCACCGUCUACUUCCCCCGCAAUCCCGAUGCUGACCGCACAGACAAGACCGGCUCCUGAGAGACUGUACCCCCCAAACCACCCCACCCCACCCCCACACCUGCUGCAAAGACUCUUAAGCUUGAGUUGCACAGGAUCAGCUACUGAGUGAAACCAGCCCUGCGCUGUCCAAUCAGAGCCAACCAGCCCUGAGCUGUCCAAUCAGAGCCAGCCAACCCUGCGGUGUCCAAUCAGAGCUGUUUGAGCACAGUUGAAUCCACAGCUCAGAAUCCCAGGGGCUUAGAAGCUGGGCUGUAAUUGGAGAAUGCUACCUGGGCCAAUCCUAUGAUUGUACAUUGACCACCAAAGGAGAGCUCAGAAAAAUACAGAGUCUGCACAAUGUGAUGUCAUCAGUCUCAUUCAAUCCUUAGACCCUCAAGGGUAAAGGGUAUAUGAGCCAUUAUUUGAUUGAUUAUUGAUGGACCAUCAUUAUAUUCAGGUUAUAUAACACCGCAAAAGAUACACCCUUUUUAAAAUUGUAUUAAUGGAAAUAGAAAAAUAACAACAUAGAUGGAUGUUACCUUUUGUAAAACAUUUUUGAGUUAUUAUUAGGGAAUAAGCUUCAGUUCCAUCGCUUAUUCCCUCUUACUUGUAAACAAAAAUUCUCAACAUGCAAAAACAGAUAGCUCUUCUCUUCUAAGGAAACAGUCAGCCAGUCUGCUCAGCUGAGGUUCUCAGCCCUAAGGAGCAGAGACAUGGCGGACGUCGCCUUGCCCAGAAAUGAAGGGACCAAACUGAGGCAUUUCGACCUUGAUGUGCUGGUCUGUCACACUGAGGGGGCGCACGGCUGAAUUCUGAGAUUUUGAUUGCUGUGCAGAUUAGUUUAAAUUUGCAUAUUUUUCCUCGGGUGAGCAGACAGGCCUGGGGUGUGUCCCAAUACUAAAAAAAUGCAUCCUCGUCUCCUCCACUUCCACCUCCUCUCCUCCACUACCACCUCCUGGCCUCCACUACCACCUCCUUUCCUCCACUACCACCUCCUCUCCUCCGUGCCCCAGAAACCCAUCUCUGUAUCCUCCCUCCCUCCAGUGUCCCAAUAUUGGAGGAGAAAAGGGGAGAGGAGGAAAGAAGGAGACGAGUAGCAGAGGAAAGAGGAGGAGAGGAGGAGACGAGCAGCAGAGGAGGAGAGGAGGUGAGGAGUGAAAAGUAAUGGGACAUACUGAUGUUCUCACACAGAAGGAAACUGCCAUCUUAAGACUGAAUGUCAGCUUGCUGUGGCACAUCGUGUUUUACAGGAAAGGGAAAUGCCUAAAACUUUGUUUAAUGGAGAGCAAACAAGAGACACAAGUGGUGACAUCAUAUAAUGAUCAUAAUCGAGUAGCCACAAUGACCAGUAACAGCAUUCAUAACUUGUAUCAUAUUAUACAGCAUGCCCAUGGCAACAUAUAAUGUCUGCGUAUUACACUGUUAGCGUUAGCGUCGUGAGUCACAAACGGUGAUCACUCAUGCUCCAUACAGCCUGAAUGUGUUUUGGAAGACUUUUGAUGACAAUAAAGCUGGAUUAGUGUACAGUUUA